AUGUCCUGGACUCAAAGAGCUAAUCCUUAUGAUGCCUUUGCUCAAGAGGCGACUCAAACGCCGCUCGCAGUUGCUUUCCCGCAAUGGAUGCUGAACAUCUGGGAAGUAACUCAUGAUCACCCAGAAGGCCGUUGGUACCUGGAGCCUAACGCCCGUUGUCUGCGGCAGAGGGCAAGCUUGAGGAUUGUAUUUGCACCUCUUGAUCUUCCCCGUCGAGAUGCCCUCUCCCAGUUCGUCGAGCUCUUCAACAUCCUCAACAUCCCCAGCGACUUCACCAAAGAACGUCUCCAAUCUGUCAGUCACAGCUUUGGGCGCUCCACCGAUGCUCAUGGCUCCAGCUCGUGGUUUCACUUUCUCUGCAAGAACAUUGACAUCAAGCAAACUCCUGGAAAUGCCCCCGAAAUUGACAACCGUGCUGCUACAAUGGGUUAUCACAUUUCUACCCUUCCGCAGGCGGACUAUAGCUGGCAUCGCGCGGGAUUCUUUUUGAGAGUUGAUAACAACGGAUGUAUCACGCUUGUUUGCUUUGGGGUUAUGCAGAAGGUGAGGGAGAGGAUUAAUGAGUUUGUUGCUGCCAAGGCCUGGCAGCAUGUUGCGACUGAUCCAUAUAUUCUGUUUGAUCUUGUCUUUGAAGCUCUCUACUUCGAGGUUGAUAACACGUUGAUUCUUGAGUAUGCCAACUCUAAGAAUAUCCGCAAGAUGAGCUCCAAGGUCCCAUUCUCUGCCAUGCACAAUUGCGCCAAGCACAUCAUCCACAUUGCAGAGGCAAUUGACUCAUGCAUCAUGCUUGUUGACGCAACUCUUCACAACGUCGGCAAUCACCAACAUCCAGAGCAGCCGACUCUUCGAGAACCAAUCAUCAAACAGUUGCGUGAAACUCUACAGUAUCGGCGCUCGCUGUUUAUGUCAAGCCAACUCCGCCUGAGCAGUCUCCAGAAACGCAUCGACAACGCCAUCACGCUAUCGUUCAACCUCGUCACUCAGCAAGACUCAAUGGUGAUGAUCCAGGACUCCAAUUCCAUGAAGGUAAUCGCAGCUAUCACAAUGAUCUUUUUGCCAACGACUGGCGUUGCUACUGUCGUUGGGUCCCAGCUUUUUACAUCUGAGAUCCUGAAAGAUGGUACAACCUGGGAUGUCAGACUUACGCCAUUGUUCUGGACUAUGUGGUGGAUUUCUAUUCCUCUCACUGUCUUCGUAGUGCUGUUGGCUAUCAUAUGGCACUGGUGGGUUCACACUGAAUCUCCUACAGGAGAAGUUGUGCAGGUGGUUAAGAGGGCGGCGACGUUCAGUUCUUCCGGGACGAGAACACCACCUAAUGGCAAUGCCAAAUGAUGCGAAGUUGCAGCAGG